AGUGCCGGUGAUUUCCCACGUGUGGCGUGAACCGGAGGGCAUCAUGUUGUGAAGAGAUGGGCGCCUCGGUGACGCGUGCGAUUAGGAAUUUCAACCUAGAGAACCGGGCAGAACGGGAAAUCAGCAAGAUGAAGCCCUCUUCUGCUCCCAGGCACCCCUCAACCAAGAAGAUCCUGCAAGCGCAGAUAAACCAUGAUCCAGAAAUUAAGGGAGAAAUUGCUAGAAAAGAUGACAGACUGCUGUCAUUGCUAAAAGAUGUGUAUGUUGAUUCCAAAGAUCCUGUGUCUUCUAUGCAGGUAAAAGAUGCUGUAACACGUCAACAACCAAAAGAGUUCAGAUUGCCAAAAGGCCAUCACUUCGACAUGAUGAAUAUUAAGAACAUUCCUAAAGGCAAAAUUUCCAUUGUAGAGGCAUUGACACUUCUUAAUAAUCAUAAACUGCAUCCAGAAACUUGGACUGCUGAGAAAAUAGCAAAAGAGUACCAUCUAGAACAGAAAGAUGUAAAUUCCCUUCUUAAAUACUUUGUUACUUUUGAAGUAAAAAUUUUACCUCCUAAAGACAAGAAAGCAAUACAAUCAAAGUGAAGAACAUAAUGAAAUUAUUUUCCUAUGUGUGCUCCUCAUCCCUGCAUUGUUUAUGUUCUCAUUUUUAGCAUAUUCAGUUAUAUAAAUUACCGACUGUUCAAAUUUCCCUCCUUGUGAGAGCAUGCUCUUUAUUGGGCUCUGCUGAUUUCUCAGGGUUGCUGAUAGAAUUAAUUUUAUUUUAUAUUAAGUUUUAAUUUGAUUGAGGUACAUAUUUAUAAGUAGUAUUAGCAUGACUAUAUGUAUAAAGUACAGAUAGAGGUGUUAAAAUAUUAGUUUAGGCAUAUUUUAUCAUUGGGCAUAUGAAUCCCUCAUAUAAUGUUCAAAGGUUUACCUUCCAUUUCAUUAGCUCAUUCUGUUAGAUUUCUUGACUCUUCGCUAUGACAUUUUUUUGUUAUAGAACAGGAGCCUUUACACUGAGGUAAAAUAACAAUUUUCAAAUAAAGACAGGAAAAAACAUAAAGUUAAUAAAAAUAUGUUUAUUCUCCAAGGAGUGCUUUUAAUAUGGUUUUAUAUAUGAGAUGAUUGGCUUUAAAAGUAAAUAAAAGUAAUUAGUAGCAUUUAUAAAAGUAGUUUUUCUCAGAAGUUAAUGUGGAAAUGAAAUAAAAUUUAAAGACUGGUUAAAGCACCAUGUUAAAUAAGUCUGGUGAUCAGAUGUAUAUUUUAUAGUUAAAAUGGUUGAGAAAAGAGAGAAAAAGUGAGUAGAAGCAACAUUGCGAGCAUUGGGAAGGGACAUGAGAAAUCGCUGCUUCGUCCAUUUACCAAAUAUACUGAGCACAUGUACCAGUAUUUGGUUCUUAGAUGCAGUUGUGUUAGUUUAGUUUGGUCGUAUUAUUGCCUGUGGGAUCUCGGAUUGUAUAAUCUUUCUGAGAUUAAAUUUUCUCUGUUCAGUGAAUGUAAUGCUACGAACUGUAAGAGUUACUGUUAAAGUACUGCAAAAGACUGAACAAAUAGAAAUUAUCUUUUGCAGCUAAGAAUAGAGUUCUGCACAGGUUCUAUGAUCUAAAAUUAUUAUGUAGUUUUUGACAGCGAAGCCCAGAAUUUAGGUUUUCAAAAUCCUACUUGUGAUUUUGCUUUGUGUAUGUUUUUGUCUGUGCUAGAACGAAGCAUGUCUCAAAAGAGCAGAAAGUAUAAGUUGUAGGAAUGACGGGGAAUGUGGUGUAAAGAUUCCAGGUUAUUGGGUGUCUUUGUGAGGAAAGCACGGCAUCACUAUUUCCCAGAGUUUCCCUUUGAAAUGGUAUGGUAAUGGAAAGAGGCAUUUGAAAUGUUGAGGAUGACUGAGAUGGGAAAUAGUAAGGCUUGUUUCAAAUACAGUUGCAUUAUGUGGAUUAACUAUAGCAAGUUUAUAUUGGGUUCAAAAACAGUUCCUUUAAGUAAACUUUACAGUUAAAUUUGAAAACAAUCAGUCAUUGAAACUAUUGACCUAUAUCUUAUAAAUGUUAUGGCAUCUUAGGCAUCUUCACUAGUCAUGUCACAGCAUCGUUAGGCAGCUGUAAUUGGGGUUGUCAUUUUAUGUUACAUGAUCAAUAAAGAGCUUAUAUCAUUCAUUGGCUUAUUACUGCUUUUUAUCAUAUGUAGGCGAGCUCUUGGGCAGAGGUGGUAUGACGUUUAGAUUCAGAAAAUCUGGGUUUAUAUCAGCAUCACCAGCCAUGGGACCUUGGAUGUGUUUUCAGCUAUGAAGCAGGUAAUUACUAGCAUCUUAAAAGCAAUUGUACUAGGCUUGAUCUAAGUGCUUUAUCUGUACUAAUUGUUUAAUAUUUCUGCAGAUAUGGGGAUAAGUGUA